AUGGCUACUCAGUACGAAGUCGAACACAAUGUCAAGUUUGCUGAAGGCCGCUCAGGCCGUCGCGUAGACAUGUCGUCAUUCUUCUCCCUCCUAGAUCAGAUCGCCGAACCUUCAGGCGACCAGACUCCUCAUCACAACCCACACGCCACGCCCACCCCCGUCGACACGGCUGCUCUCUUCCGCCUCCUCCAGGAACAGCUCCACCAGCUACAUACAACUGCUCCUACAGACGAUAACCGAGACUUUCUAGAGUCUCUGAUAAUGAAUCUCGAAGAUGAUAUAAACGACCCCCCCACUCGCUUGCAUGGAGUGUCACAAGAGUUCGUUGAUUCAAUCGACCGUGUCAACCGCAAAACCCUCAAGAAAGACGACGACUGCGCCAUCUGUAAGGUGCCCUAUUUAGAAGACGAGUAUUGUCUCGUUGUUGAGCUCCCAUGUAAAGGAGGUCAUCGAUUUGAUCUUGAGUGCGUCGGGCCUUGGUUACGCAGCAAGGGUACAUGUCCCAUGUGCCGUCAAGACUUGGGGAAGAAGAAGGAGAUUCCUGCCGUGCAGGAUGAAGACGAUGAGGAGGAGGACGGCGACAUGAUGUACGCCUAG